GCAGGCGGGAUUCUAGAAGUUCGAUUCCGGAUUUCGAUGAGCUUAAGCCGUUUAGCGCCUGGCUACCGCGCCGGACGCAGCGCCGGAAUAAGUUGGCUCCGGUGACUGAGUUGUGAGUCGUUGUGAUCAUACUGUGAUUCGUAAAUCGCGUCGGCCAACCCAGGGGAGCUCGACCGCCUGUCCGCAGUACCUACACAAAAUUCGAUAAGAACAAGCACAAAUAAGCAAAGAAGAAACCAUGUCGAGGCCGCAACUAGCAAAAGCGCAGUCGACAGACAUGCUGCUUGGCUCGACUGCGAGUUUUGAUUCGAUCGAGGCCGCGCUGGCGAAGGCGGAUCAGCUGUCGCAGCAGAUCGCGGGCAGUCUCACGCGUCUCGGGGGUGCGUCGACCGCGAUUGAGAACGCGAUCAAGCCGAUUUCGGGGUCAACGCAGACGUAUUCUAAUAUUUCGAAACACGUCGACGCUACGGUCCACGAACUCGAAGUUCUGAGAUCAUACCAGUCCGUGUUUGAAGAGGAAGAACCCCGGAUCCGCCGCGGCAGCGUCGAGGUCCCCGAAUGUCUACAACUAAUCAGCCGGCUCGACUCCGCAAUCGAGGCACUCAGCGGAUCCAAGCUGAAAUCAAGCCAGCAGGUGAUCCUCAAGAUGAACCAGCUCAAGAUCGCAGCGGUCGCAAGUAUCCGGGAGCGCUUCACCAAGACUCUGAGCGCUGUCUCGCCCGCUGCUGCACAGACGCAGGGCGAUGGCGCGCCGCCGCCGUUUAACCCGACGAUUGCGGACGAGACGCUGCGGAAGUUGGCGGAGAUGGUGGAGUUUUUUGGACAGACGGAGCAGGCGGUCGCGAUCCCGAUUUACUCGGAGGUCAGAGGGAAGUAUAUUAAUAGUCAUUUGACGAUGCUGUCGGCUGCUGCUGUGCGGACGGACAUUAAGCGCGUGAAUGGGUUUUACAAGAAGGGGUCUAGUCCGUUUCACGAGUUUAUGAAGGCGAUGGUUAAUGCUAUUGUGAGCGAAGAUAAAAACAUCCGGAGUGUGUUCAAGAACAGCAACGACAUACAGUCCACUCGCUCAGCGACCCUUCGCGAGAUUGAGAAACUGCUACAAUCAACCACCCAAGCGAUCAACACGACCGUGCGCAAGUCGCUAAUCACAGACUGCCUGCUCGCGUUCGACGUCGUCGACUCGAUCCACCGCGCGUCAGGCGAUCUCCUGCUGGCGGUCGACUCCGCGCCGUUCAAUCUCGAGUCGACGGCGAGCAAGGACCUGCGCAAGACGGCGCAGGACGCGCUGCUGGAGAUGCUGCGGCAUACCGAGAGUCAGGUCGCGGGGCUGCAGCAGCUGCCGCCGGAUUUUAAGGUGCUUGAUAUCACGAAGCAGGUUACGGCGUGGAUUAUUAGGGUGGCGGAAUAUGAUAUGGCGCUGGCGAAUAUCAUGAUCCCGCUAGGUUCGCCUUCGUCGUGGCCGGUCAAGCUUGGGUAUAGGAGCACGUUUAGCACUGCGCCGACGGGAAGCAGUAGCAAGAAGUCGUUCAUGGGGACUGAGGUUUUAGUAAUGUUCUUCUCGGAACUGAUUGACGACCUGCUGAUCAACAUCGAAAUCAAAGCGCGCACGCAGUACAAAAAAGUCACCCGCGUCGGUCUGCAAAUAAUCUCAAACCUGCUCUUUCUCGAAAAGGGCAUGCGCCAAUCCGCCGACCUCAUCGGCCUCCUCUCCGCCGGCGGCGGCUUCGACAGACUCGACAAGAUCCGCAAGCGCGGGCUUAAUAUGUUCCUCGAAGGCUGGAAAGUAUGCGCGUCGCACCUCAUGGACGUCACCGUCGUCCGCACGUCCUCGUCCGCGUCCGGGAGCGGCACCGGCGGCGGCGGCGGCAGCCGCAACGGCGCGAUGUCGUCGCGCGACCGCGAGGCGGUAAAGGAGAAAUUCCGCAACUUCAACACCGAUUUCGAGGAACUCGUCGCCAAGUUCAAAGAGUACGCGUUCACUGACGCCGAGCUGCGCGCGUACCUCGCCAAAGAGGUCGCGUUCAUCUCGCCGUUGUAUAACCGGUUCUACGAAAAGUACAAGUCGGGGGAGUUUAGCAAGCAUACCGAGAAGUAUAUAAAGUAUAGCAAAACGCAGUUGGAUGCCGUGCUUGCUGGGUUGGCUAAUUAGCCUCUGUUUUGGUUGUUUGGAUUAUUGUUAGAUUGUUUUGUGCACUUGGCGUCUUUAGGUCAAAAUGGCUUUUUUGAGC